AUGGCUUCCAAUAUUCUCUUCCUCCCCUUCCGACGGUCCCACUCAACAAAGAUUUCUCCCGCCAUUGGACAAUACAUCUCCAGCAAAUAUGACCAGCACCCAGGAAUGUUUCGCCAAGACAUGGAAGACAUAGACAAGCUCAGAUUGGAAGCUGUGAAUUCUCUAGAAGCACAUGUCUCCGGCAUACGAAAGCUUACUGCCUACGCGGCGCAAUUAGUCAUGAUGGGCGGAAAGUUCCCCAUCGACAUUGGGGUUGAUUUCACGUGGUAUCCUGCGCUAGGCUUCAACACACAGAGACCUGUGUCUCAAAACAACCUAAGAUUCGAGCUUGCCAACGUGCUAGGUAACCUCUCCGCCCUCUACACCCAGCUGGCAGUAUCCUUGAAUUGGACUACUAGCGACGGACUCAAGUCAGCAUGCAAUUACUUUUGCCAGGCAGCUGGUGUGAUAUCAUAUAUCAAGGAGAAUGUCAUACCAGAUAUGCGCGGAGAACCUCCAGAGGACAUGGACAUCAUGACAAUGGAGAGUAUACAGCAGCUGUUCCUGGCCCAGGGCCAAGAGUGUUUUUGGUCUAAGGCCGUGAAGGAUGGGAUGUCUGACGGUACAAUAGCAAAGCUUGCAGCAAAAGUAUCCGACUUUUACGAUCAAGCAGCAGAGUACGGGACGAAAUCUGAUAUCAUCAGCACUGAGUGGAUACACCACAUGACCGCGAAGCAUCAUCAUUUCGCCGCUGCGGCGCAAUAUAGGGCAUCCAGAGAAUGUUUAGAGAAACAGAAUUAUGGUGAAGAAGUGGCUAGACUUCGGGACAGCCUUGUUUGCGCAAACGAAGCACUUAAGGAAGCUCGCUGGAUCAACAAGAUGGUUCUUGGAGACGUCAACGGGCUGAAAGCGAAGGUGUCAGACGAUCUCAAACGAGCGGAAAAGGACAACGACGUGAUAUACCUGAUGCCUGUCCCGCCGAAGUCUGAACUCAAGACUCUCGGACGGGCAGGAAUGGCGACGGCGAGAAUUCCAGAAGAAGUGUCGAAUCCUGCUUCUACGCUUGGCAAGGAUGGCCAGCCGUUAUUCACCAGACUAGUACCCUACGCAGUACAUGUCGCAGCAAGUCUCUACGAAGAGAGGAAAAAUCGAAUGGUCAAUAACUCGAUCGUCGACGAGCUUGAGAGCUUGACGAAUCAACUCCGAGAUUUGCUAGCUUCAUUGAACCUCCCAGGAUCUCUUCAAGCGCUGGAAAGACCCCUUGGAUUGCCACCAUCGCUAACCUCACACGCCGAAGAGAUCAGGCAACAAGGAGGUUUACAUAAGAUAAGAAAAUCACUUCGAGACAUUGCUAGGUUGAAAGAAAGUGAUUUGACCAUUUACCAGGAAGGUGUGAAUGCUUUAACAUUUGAAGCAGACGAAGAUGAGCGAGCAAAGAGCAAAUAUGGUACACAGCGUUGGACCAGGCACCCAUCCAAGCAGGCUGCCCAAAAACUUUACUCGCAACUGGAUGAGCUUAAGGGGUUCUUGGCUUCGGCAGCGAGCAGUGACGAGCUUAUUGGAGCAAAGCUGAAGGAUUGUGAAAAGGUCGUCCAGGUAAUGGAAGGCACAACUCAUGAUAUUGAAGAAUUUGUACCAAGUAGCCGCAGAACAACAAGACCACCCGAAGUCGAACACGCCACAAUAAUGCUAAGGGAAAUGCUCAAUGAAGUCAGUCACAUCGAAAGUCGACGAAAGAAAUCUGUAGCAAAGAUAAAAGAAAAGGCCAAAUAUGACGAUAUCAACAACGAUCUGCUCCUUGAGACUGCUCGACUUGAACGAGAGUUCCCGAUGCAGAAAAUCGAGCCGGCGAAUUUUGAAGAUCUUUUCCAGGAGCGUCUUGACCAAUACGACGAAGACCAGGAACGUAUCAAAACUGAAGCGUCUACUCAAAAACGGCUUAUGACCAAAAUCAAGGAAGCAAACUCCGCUUUCGCCAAUGCAAGGAAAGGUGACACUUCGACUCGGGAGAGAGAGAAAGCCCUUCAACAGCUUGAGAACGCAUAUGUCAAAUACAAGGAGAUCAUUGCGAACAUGGAUACUGGCCGCAAGUUCUACAACGAUCUCGCUAAAAUCGUGACCCGCUUCCGCGACGACAGCAAGAAAUUUGCCUACCAGCGCCGAGUAGAUGCCAAUCAGCUUGAAGGCGAGCUUGAGAAUGCUAUGUCGGCGCUCAACCUUGAUCAAACGAAUGCGCUGAAUGAGCAAAAACAGAGAGACGCCCUGAGGACGCAAUACUCAUCCAAAGCGCCGCCUACGCCGUCGGAGCCUCUGGCGGCGCCGCUACCGCAAAGAGCGAAUGUUCAGCCUCCACCGGCUGCUCCUCCAGCUGUGGCGACGGCGGGAAUGUGGAAUCCGGAGAUGGGAAUUAAGUUCGGUCAGGCGCAGGGUGGAAAUUUACACAAUCCUGCGUAUCCACAGACGAAGGGAAGGCCUGGACCGUGGGACAUGAGUCAGGGUGUACGCUUUGGGUGA